AUGGGCUCAGGCCUUGCCGCGCUUGUUACUCUGCUUGGGCAUCAUCCUGAGUUGUAUCACCGGCUUGAGGUCGAGAGCAUUCAGCGCUUCAUCCGCCUUGCCAAACUAUGCCGUGGCGCGAUUCAACUAGGACAAAAGCAAAUAGAUAUUCCCCCGUUAGUCCUGCCUGACCAUGUCCACAGAUUCCUAUGCCUUGCCAUGAACCUGGAAUUCAUGGAUGUGGCUCGAUGCUGGGAAGCUCUAGCCGAGGUCGUUUGGGAAAGCUCGGAUAUCCUGGCGACUGAGGGUGACAUACAAGCCUUCCAUAUGCACGGCCUGCAGCAUGGGCUAGGAUAUCGCGAUCUAUAUGCCCCAUAUCAUACCUGCCCAAGCUGCACUCUUGAGGACGGCAAAAGUGUACGCCUCACGGAGGCGUCUACCUAUAAAGCGACGCUGUUCACUGCUUCAGAAGGCUCGCUUCCUGUACACAUUAUCUCCGUGUAUUGUCGAAAGUGCCAUACUCGCUUCUACAACAACUAUGCGAUACAUAAAAAUACCUCUUUGCGUCAAUAUUAUGGCUCAGUUCCCAACGUCGUUGAAGUUGCCAAACAUUUCUUCAUCGAGAGUCGUCUUCUGGAAAUGUUUGCGACACAGAUGUGCUUCCAAUGGUGUAAGUAUGCCUUCAUCAAUAACAAUCCGGUUGCUUUUGGCACGAUGCCGGCAUUCCAUACUACAGGUAUACCUUGGCAGACGUCGUUACUCAUGCGAACACAGGACGUGCUCGACGGCUUCUUCUUGUAUUCGCUCUUACUCUAUAAGGCAGAAAAGCGUGAGGUCCUCGUGGUCCCGCACGAAGGUCCGAGUCAAGCUGCCCGUCUGGAAAAAGAGUUGAAGGCCCGAAACAGCACGAUGGAAGGCACAGGACAGGAAGAAUAUCUUCAUGCCUGUGAUCUCUGCUGCAAGAUAUGGCAGGAUGAAAAUGGUGUAUGGAGGAAACUGCAAGCUGUCGUGACUGAUGGCAACACGAUGGGCCAUCCCUGCUGUGCCGUACACAAUUGCCACAAUCCUCUCGCCAAUACUCGCCGUCGGUACUGUCCCACUCAUGAAGAUCUGAACGCGCUCUGUGCUGUGGAUGGUUGUCGAAGGAAAGCAAGCGAAGGACAGCAGACCUGUCCUGAGCCUGACCAUCGGAAGUUAGAGGAUGCAUACCGCCAGCGCGGCAAGGCACUAUUCCAGCUUCGCGAACGCCUGGCAAAGGCUGGUUUCAUGAUUCCAGAGGAUACAUUGUCCGGAGAAGUUGCUGAUAAUGACGAGGUGGAGGUCGAAGGUCAGGGAGGGAGAGAAAUCGGCUGCGAAGGUAAAUCACCCGCUGGCAAUAUUAAAGUACGCGCAAGAUUCGGGCGACGACGUACUCAUAACGAGCAACUGUUUGUCCGUCCAUGUGGAGUGAUUCUCUCGCGGGCAACAUUGUUUGGGGCAGAAGCAGUCAGUAGUGUCAAGGAGUUAGCGAAGGCGACAUUCCCGACAGCGGCAUCGACGCCGGAACUGCUUAUCUACGAUGAUGGCUGUCGACUGCGGGCACACCUCAUUGCGUCUGGGGAUACACACUUUGCAAACACGGGCACGCCCGUUGAUGUCUUCCAUUUUACUCGGAAACACAAGACCACCGACCACGCCUGCCAGAUGUUCUGUAACCCGGCGAGCUUCUCAGGGCUAGUGGAUCAAAAUGGUAACUGGGUGUUCAAUACAUCAAUCGCGGAACAGACGAAUGUUUGGUUUGGGGCAUUCCAGUCGAUUGUCCGGGAGAUGGAGGUUGUACGU